CGGGGAACGGGACCAUGGCAGAAGAACUGUAUCUGGAGAGCUUUGACCUGGACUGUAGCGGAAAUAACCGCAGUCACCGAACCGCAGAAGCCACCUGUGAGCGCCUGAUUGUCCGAAGAGGGCAGCCCUUUCAAAUAACCCUCAACUUUUCCCCACGGGGUUAUGAAGAAGGGGUGGAUAAAUUGUCGCUCAAUGCUGUAACAGGUCCAUGUCCCUCGGAAGAAUCAGGCACCAGUAACCACAUCCCAGUCUCAGAUGCUCUGCAAGAUGGAGCAUGGAGCGCAGCUAUUACCAGCACCGAUGGCGGCACACUCAUCCUUUCUAUCACCUCACCCCCGGAUGCCCGCAUUGGCUACUAUAACCUCUCCCUGGAGACCUCCACUGAAUACCAAGGCUCCAGCUUUCAGCUUGGAAGUUUCACUCUGCUGUUUAACCCUUGGUGCCCAGAGGAUUCUGUCUACUUGGAGACUGAAGAGGAAAGGAAAGAAUAUGUGCUAUGCCAGCAUGGGAUCAUUUUCCAAGGGACAAAGGACUCAGUUGAACAUGUUCCCUGGAAUUUUGGACAGUUUGAAGAUGAGAUUUUGGACAUCGCUCUCCAGGUUUUAGAUACCAGCCCUAAGUUCCUAAAUGACUCCAACCGUGACUGCUCCAGACGGAAUGACCCGGUUUAUAUCAGUCGUGUGAUUAGUGCCAUGGUGAACUGUAAUGAUGACAGAGGGGUUCUCUUUGGACGCUGGGAUAACAAAUAUGAUGAUGGCAUCAGCCCCAUGUUUUGGAUGGGCAGUGUUGCAAUCCUACGCCGCUGGAGGAAAUUCAGUUGCCAGGCAGUGAAAUAUGGCCAGUGUUGGGUGUAUGCUGCCGUGGCAUGUACAGUAUUACGGUGCCUGGGGAUUCCAGCCCGGGUAAUCACUAACUACAACUCAGCCCAUGACACUAACAGCAACCUCCUGAUUGAGCAGUACCUGGAUGAGCACGGAAAGCGGCAGCCCAAGCAGAAAGAAAUAAUCUGGAACUAUCACUGUUGGACUGAGGCAUGGAUGACACGUCCAGAUUUGGGCGAGGCUUACAAUGGAUGGCAGGUUGUGGAUCCAACACCACAGGAGAAAAGUGAAGGAACCUACUGCUGUGGACCAACUCCUGUGAAAGCUGUUAAGGAAGGAGACCUAAAUCUGAAGUAUGACGUCCCCUUUGUUUUUGCCGAGGUAAAUGCAGAUGUGGUCUAUUUUGUACAGCAGAACGACGGAUCUGUCAAGAAAACCCAAUUUAUUUCACUGGUGGGUCAGAAGAUCAGUACUAAAGCAAUCGGAAAAGAUGAACGGGAAGACAUAACGCUCAACUACAAGUACCCCGAAGGCUCAGAAGAUGAAAGACGUGUGUUUGAGAAAGCCAAUAAACAAUCUGAAGCAGAAGAAGAAAGAGUUGAAACUCCUUCUGAUUUCACUAUCAAGAUUAAAGUCUCUGAAGGGAUGAACAAAGGUUCUGACUUUGAUGUUUUUGCUGUCAUCACCAACAACAGAGAGGAGGAGAAACAGUGCCGCCUCAUGUUCUGCGCCCGCACUUGCAGCUACACUGGGGAGGUGGGGCCAGAGUGUGGCAUGAAGGACCUUCUCAAUCUCACAUUGACACCCCAAGAAGAGAAGAGAGUGCCUCUGCGUAUCCUAUAUGAGAAGUAUGGCCCCACAAUGACUGAGAACAACACGAUCAAGCUGGUAGCCAUGCUGUACGACUACUCAUCUAAGGAGAUUAUCCUGGCUGUGAGAGACAUCCAUGUAAAGAAUCCAAGCAUCAAAAUAAAGGUUCUGGGGGAGCCAAAGCAGAAGAGAAAGCUGGUGGCUGAGAUCUCCCUAAAGAACCCUCUGGCGGAGCCAUUAACAGGCUGCUGCUUCACUGUGGAGGGGGCUGGGCUGACGGCAGAACAACUGGUCAAAACACUUGAUUGCCCAGUGGAGCCUGGGCAGGAAGCCAAGGUGAGGGUUGAUCUGAUGCCCCAGCUAGCCGGUAAGCUCUCUCUGGUUGUGGAUUUCGAGAGCGACCUCCUGAAGGCUGUGAAAGGCUACAGGAACAUCAUCAUUGCGCCCCUUCCAAAGUGAGGAGCUAAGGACUUCAGUGGGUGGUUUUCAUUUUACUGUCCUAGAAUGUGAGCCUUUUGUAUUCCUGCGUAUAUACUAUGAACAUAUCCAUGCGCGUUUCUCCAUGGCCCUGGAAUCAACCUGCUUUUCUCCUUCACCCCCUCCCCCCCCCGCCCCACCCUCGGCACAAUGAUCUCUGCACAAUGAUAUUUGGUGGUGCAGCCCAAUACUGAGCGUCAGCCAUCUCUAUGCUCCCCUCUCAAUGGACUGUCGUUGGCAGAAUACAGGAGUCACCCCCAGGACUAAACACCUCCAAACUGAAUCUCGGAGAGCUGUACAUAACACAUUGUAUCCUUGUAUUAAAUGCACUGUUUCUAUGAACCCGA